ACAACCACCGAGUCCAGAGCGUGUCGGCUCGUCUCCGCAACGCAUGCCGCGGGAUCGGCCUUCGCCUCCCCAUGGCCUUCCAUUCCUCGGCCGCUCCCAUCCCCUUGGCCCCACCUCCCGGCCCCGGAGCCUUCCGCCGAGCCCACCGCCCCGCCGGAGCUUCCCGGGCCGGCGCGCCCGGGAGGGGUCUCGCCGCCCACUCGCCCCCCUCGCCCGACGUCGUGGUCACCCGCGAGCAAGGCAAGAACGCCAAGCUCGUCGCCGCGCUAGAGAAGCAUAAUGUGCGCUCUCUGGAGCUUCCUCUUAUUCAGCACGUCGAAGGGCCUGAUGCAGAUAGGCUUUCAGCUGUCUUGCGGGAUGAACAUUUUGACUGGAUUACUGUAACUUCUCCUGAGGCAGCUGUGGUGUUCCUUGAGGGAUGGAAGGCUGCUGGAAGUCCUAAGGUGCGAAUAGCAGUUGUUGGAGCAGGUACUGCAAGAACUUUCGAUGAAGUAUUGCAAUCCAAUGAUGGAUCCCUUGAGGUUGCAUUUUCUCCUUCCAAAGCUUUGGGCAAAGUUUUGGCCUCGGAGCUUCCAAGGACUAGUGAGACUGCCUGUAAAGUGUUGUAUCCUGCAUCUGCAAAGGCUGGCCAUGAAAUUCAGAAUGGGCUGUCAGCUCGAGGAUUUGAGGUGACAAGACUGAACACCUAUUCAACCGUACCUGUACAUGAUGUAGAUCCACAGAUUUUAAAGCUUGCUCUUUCAGCGCCAGUUGUCGCAGUAGCUUCUCCAUCUGCACUCCGAGCUUGGCUAAACCUCAUGUCACGGGUCGACAACUGGAGCAGCUCGGUCGCCUGCAUAGGCGAGACGACGGCGUCAGCGGCCAAGAAACUCGGCCUGGAGAGUGUAUACUAUCCUGCAACCCCCGGACUCGAAGGGUGGGUCGAAAGCAUCCUGGAGGCGCUCGGAGCCCACAAGCAAUCGUCCAAGUGAGGCGUCGGCAGCUCUCUUGAAUUUUCUUUCCCGGCUCCUGUCGUAGCCUUCUUUGUCUCUCGCUAGGCCCCAAAGUGUCGGAGACGAGCACGGCUGAUUGACCGGCCGCUGUAGCCCGUACUGUAGUAGGUGCAUUUUUUAAGGAACAUGUGUUUUGUUUCCUGCUAAUCGCACACACGCUAUGCGUGCUUUUGCACUGUGCGUGAAGGGGGCCGGGGCAUCAUCGGCAUGUAAAUGUGGUGAGGCGUGCAGUACGGGCACGGCAUGAACACAAAGUGUAACCUGAUUCACUACAACUUCUUCCUCUUGGCUUUUUUUAGAAAACUUUUCCUUUAUCCAA